AUGACGACCAACCUUGAAGAAAGUAUAGAGGCAAAACGGAGAAUCGCCGUCAUAGGCAUAUCUACUGUCAUACUAGUCGCUAUGGUGGUGGCGGUUACCGUCGGUGUCAGUCAAGUCGACGGGGACGAAAAAAGCACGAAAAACACAAACCAUGUGGCUUCGACGGUGAAAGCAGUGAAAGCCCUUUGCCAACCAACAGAUUACAAGGAAGAGUGUGAGGAAAGCCUAACUGCCGAAGCUGGCAACACCACGGACCCAAGAGAACUUAUCAAGAUUGCAUUUAAUGUAACCAUUAACAAGAUUGGUGAUGGGCUCCAGAAAUCACAUCUCUUGCAAGAGGUUGAGAAGGAACCUAGGGCCAAGAUGGCGCUUGACACGUGUAAGCAGCUCAUGAAUCUCUCUAUUAGCGAGUUUUCGAGGUCAUUAGAGAGAAUUGGACAGUUUAAUCUCAACAACCUCGACGAAAUCCUCACAAGCCUAAAGGUAUGGCUUAGCGGAGCGGUGACAUAUCAAGAGACAUGUUUGGAUUGUUUUGAGAACACAACAAGCAAAGCUGGGGAAAAGAUGAAGGAAGCGUUGACCAAUGCGACGAAGAUGAGCAGCAAUGCCCUAAGCAUAAUCACGGAACUCGCAAAUACUUUCUCAGAGUUGAACGAAACGCGGCAAGAUAGCUCUCAUCGUCGCCUCGAGGAUGAGUUCCCAUCGUGGGUUGACAAUGGUGCUGGGGUACGUAGACUCCUUCUGUCGAGUUCACGCAAGCUGAAGCCCAAUGUGAUUGUGGCCAAAGAUGGCAGCGCAAAGUUCACUAGCAUCAAUCAGGCUUUGAAGAAUGUUCCUCAGAAAAACAUGAAGCCAUUUGUGAUAUUCAUCAAGAAAGGUGUUUACAAAGAGUAUGUUGAGGUUACCAGGGAGAUGAGACAUGUCGUCUUUGUUGGUGAAGGUGGCGAUAAGACACGAAUCACUGGCAACAAAAACUUCAUUGAUGGGACCAACACUUAUAAAACUGCUACAGUAGCAAUUCAAGGAGAUUACUUUAUCGCCAUCAACAUGGGGUUUGAGAACUCCGCAGGUGCCCAUAAACAUCAAGCAGUAGCAGUAAGGGUCCAAGCAGAUAAGUCUAUCUUUUACAAAUGCUCGUUCGAUGGCUACCAAGACACACUCUAUGCUCACACCAUGCGUCAAUUCUACCGAGACUGCACCAUCUCAGGCACCAUCGAUUUCAUCUUCGGCGACGCCGUCACCGUCUUCCAAAACUGCACCUUCGUGGUCCGGAAGCCCAUGCAGAACCAGCAAUGCAUCGUGACGGCGCAAGGCCGGAAGGAGAAGCACCAACCUUCAGGAAUAGUAAUCCACGGCGGCUCGAUUGUGGCGGAGCCAGGAGAAUCAAAGGACCACAAGAACGUGAAGUUCGAUAGCAAGGCUUACUUAGCGCGUCCAUGGAAGAAUUACUCGAGGACGGUGUUCUUGCAAACAUACAUCGGAGAUUUGAUUGAACCCGAAGGGUACAUGCCUUGGCAAGGGCCAGAAGGUAAUACCGGCAUGGAUACUUGUUACUAUGCAGAGUUCAAUAACAUUGGCCCUGGUUCAAAUGCAACGAAGCGCGUGAAAUGGCAUGGUGUCAAGCACCUCACGGAAAAAUCUGUAGGUGCUUUCUUCCCAUCCAAGUUCUUCCAUGGUGACGAUUGGAUUAGGUUUACUAAGGUUCCUUACUCCCCAGGCUUAACUAAUUUCACGAAGCACAAAAUUUAA